AUGCUUUCUAUAUUGUUUUUUAUAUCUUUAUUUCCUUUGGUUAAGGCUGAUGAUAAUUGGGAUGAUUUCACGAAUAAUCUUGCUACGGACUUGGCUCCUCUAAUCACCUUGUUCGGCGAACGACUUACGAAACAAUUUCUCUCCGAGUCGAUUAGCACACUCGAUAAUGUAAUAUUCGCUCUUUCGCCGCUAGGGGUAUUGACCGCUGUCGUGUCGGUGAUCAGAAUCUGCGGAAGUUCUUCCCUUAGGGCAUUCGUCGGACGAGCACAAGAAGGUCCAGCCGAAGCCGAGAGCGAACUUCUUCCUUGUGUUUCAGAAUCCACUGCGGAGCUAUUCAAUGAUGGCGGCAUCACGCGAGUCUUUGGCCGGCCCAAAAUUUUGGAGAUAGUUGCUUGGGAGGAUGUGGACCAUAGGACUGGAGAGAAGGGGACAAAAAUUGGCACUUUGAAAGAUGCCCUAAAAGAAAAGGCUUGGUCUUGCAACGGCAAAGUCUCACCCAGCGAGCUUCCUGAACUGGACAUUCCUAAUCUGUCAUUGAACAAGGGAAUCAAAAGGAGAGAUCAAUUUUGGUUCCAUUGUGCCGCAAUACUUGGUGCUAUACUGCAGCUCGGCACUAUUCUGUACGCUACACUCACGGUGUUUGUGUUUCCCCAGCAUUUCCAGAAAGACGACAAAGCUGUCGCCUCAUACGCAUUCCCACUCUAUCUCAUCGGGACGACCCUUCUGUUUCUCGGGAUGUUUUUCUGCGCAUUUAUAAUGGAGCGUUCCUCGAAGGAGUUCUAUCUCAAGGCAGAAAAGCCAAGCAAGAUAUACUGGCUGCAGCCUGGUAAUCAAGAUGUAGGUGACCAGGUCUUCAAUGCUUUCUUAGCUGUCAAUGAAGGGCCCGACUCUUCAAUGACCAAGAAGCUUCGUUACAUUAAAUCAGUCAGAGAUCGAAGAUUUGACAGGAAAUAUUUGGAGAUUUACUCUACCCUCGCAUCGACAAUUAUGGGAUUCAUAUUCCAGUUCAUCGGACUGAGAGGUCUUCAUGCAUCUGUCAUCCUAGCUCAGUUGGGAUCAACAUUUUUGAUGUCUAUUAUACGCACUUGCCUUCGCACGGAAAGAAUGAAACCGGAUGAAAAUAAGAUGAGAGAUGAUCGGGAGCUCACGUCUCACAAACAGCAAGAGAUGGAUUGUUUUGCAUUUUAUCUCGAGAAAGUAGAGACUUUUGAUCUCGCCUUGAAGCCUGAUCGGCCAGCAAAUAUGCCUUCACCAAGAUUCAUGCCUCAUAUUGGACCCCCUUUGGCCAAGCGCUUAAUUCAAACCAGGACCCAGCUCGCGAGGCUCACGACUAGCUCAAAACAGGGUAUGGGGGCUGAUUGGGACGGGAUGCCUAUUUCCCAAAUGGCACACAACCUCGCAGAGACAAUCGAGUCGACAAUGGAUUUAGUGUCUAGUUGGGGGAUUGAGCUCGGGAAGACCUUUGAUUUCCGACUUAGCUUUAGGUGCAAGGAAGCCUCUCUAGGCUCUGUUACUCAAGCCCCUGGGACUUAUUCAAUCGGUCUUUUGCGAUGCGGUGAUGCUCUGAGGUGGAAAUUGGAUAUGAGCGAGCUAGAAGCGAUUCUAGGCUUGUGGACUUGGUCACUUUAUAAAUCAGAUGAACACUGGCAAAACUCAACAAUUUGCCGCCUCGUUGGAUUGAGUGAAGACGAGGCAACCAGAGAAGAAACAUUCCUCUAUUUUCACAAAUGGAUCUUCAGGCAAACGGAAGUGAGACUAGUGCCAUCUGCAGGGUAUGAUCAUUCCUCGCGGCUCUUCGGGUUUGAGCCCAAGAACUUUGCCUAUGAUGGGAAAGUCCUCGCUGUCAGGACAGCGAAUGAGCUCGAAGCCAUGGUAGCCCAGGAUAUCUAUAUUCAAUUCCUAAAGGAACUGUUUAUCAACUUGCAUGAUAUAGGCGGGGAUGUUGAUGUUAUCACUGGGUUACAAAACUCGUUUCUAGCUUCGAGUACUAGCAUCAAUGAUCUCACGCGUUGCUUUGAGAACAGCAAAUUGGGCUCAAGAGAGGAUGCAUUGCUAUGUAUUGUUCCCGUUCUCAAACAUCGACGCCUUUUACCAGACCUUGCGGCAGACUCAGCCAAGAUCAGGGCGCGCAGGGAACAAUUCAUUGAGCAAGGUGAUUGGAAAAGUGCCUUUGCCCUUCUCUGCUGGAUAUGCCAGCGGUCAGAAAGUUCAGAGUUUGAGCGAUCAGUGUAUGAACUAGGGUUCCUUUGCCGUAGGGCACUUUUGAGCACAAACAAAAACGUUCGCAAAGAAGGAUUGGAGCAGACAUGCGCUCUUCUCGCAUCCGACAUCAGAUAUGAAUUUAUUAAAGCCCAUAAGAGCUUACCGACCUUGCAUAGGCUUGUAUCCCAUGAUCGUGGGGAAUGGUGGAACUCGUUCUCGCGCCAGCUUGGGUGGGUUGCGUGGAACAUUUCAGCCAAUGUUCCAGGCAUGGCAUUCUGCCAACCCGCCUUGAAAUUGCUCAAUGUACCUGAGAAUCUUCAGGGAUCACACGAUGAGAACCAAGAUCCAGACACAAUCCAAAAGGGUGUUCGGGCUGUGAAAUAUUGGCUCACGUUGUCUAAGCUCGAUAACAUUGAGCGCGAAGGAUACGGCGAGGACGAAACUAUAGGCUUUGAAUGGAUGAUUAGGAAUAACUUCGAUGCUUUGUUGUAUUUCAAUUUGUUGCGAUGGGUGGAGCUUGGGGAAGACCUUCCCGUCCUUGUGCGGACUGCGUACAGUCUUGCAGCAAGGGCUAGAUCUGAACGAGCCGUUGAUAUACUUCACCGGCAGGGCGCAGACAUUGACACACUAGAUCCGAGCAAUCGUUCAGCGUUGAGUGAUCUGGUCUAUACCCAUGAUCUUGAGGGAAGCCGACUGUUACUACAACAUGGUGCGGACCCAAAUGGGAACAUGCAACAGUUGAAGAUCGCUCCACUUGCAAUCGCUGCUCAUGAAGGCUUUGACGACCUUGUAGCAUUGCUUCUACAGUAUGGAGCGAACACUGAGAUUGCAGACCAUGUUGGUCACCAUGCUCUCCAUUGGGCAGCCAGAAAUAAUCAUCUUGAUACUGCCCGGGUGCUAUUAUCCCAUGGCGCAGAGAUUGAUCCACUGGGACACGACAACUCAACACCGCUUCUAGCAGCUGCCAUGAAUCACCAUGUUCAGAUGGUGGAGUUACUCAUUAAAGCAGGAGCGAAUGUCAAUGCUCGAGGUCAAUCCGACAAAACUGCAUUGAUGCUAUCCAUGCAUGCAAGUAAUCCGAUCCCGAUUUUCCAGUUGCUCGUGGAUCACGGAGCUAGGCUUGAUUUACGUGAUUAUAAUGGAAUGACGGCUUUGGAACAUGCCAAAGAAUUUGGUUAUCUUGAAGCACUGUCAUUUUUAUGUCAGGCAUCAGAAGGGGGCAACAAAGAGCCCUCACCUUGA